AUGCCCACACGCGUCGACAAGCUGGAAUUUCUCGUCCUCGUCGACAACAGCAUUGAGCGCCUCCAAAAGCUGCCGCCGGGCUUCAUCCACGAGCUCCCACAACACAUCCAUGCUCCUGGAGCUGAACGCGACGAGCUGACGGGGCUGCCGCUCACGCGGUUCGCAAACUUCUGCUGUGGCGCGCAUGGUCUGAGCAUCCUGCUGACCACCACGAUCGGGGACAAGUCCUACAAGGUGCUCUUCGAUGCCGGGCCAGAACACCUCAGCAUCGACCGGAACGUCCAGGCGAUGAAGACGGACCUCACGGACGUGGAAGCUAUCGUGCUGAGCCACUGGCACGUAGAUCACUCUGGCGGCAUUGUGCGCGCACUCGAGAUGCGCCAGGAGCAGGCCGCGCGCGCCGGCAAGGCCCUCCCGCCCCUCCCGGUCGACGUCCACCCGGCCAGACCUAUUCGGCGCGGCCUCGCCCCGCCGCCCAAGUACAUACCCAUCACAAACUGGACUGCCGACCCGACGUAUGCCGAAAUGGCCGCGGCCAACGGCGUGGCCGUGCCCAACGACCAGGCGCACGAGGUCACGAGCGCGGCGGGGGACAGCACGGGAGUCCACGUCUCGGGCGAGAUCCCGCGUGUGCACCCGUACGAGCGCGGCCUCGUGGGCGCCGUUACGUGGAUGGAAGGAGAGGACGGAGGCGCCGGCGAGUGGAUGACCGACGAGCAGAUCCGGGACGAGCGAUACGUCGCCGUGGACGUAAAGGGCAAGGGCCUGGUCCUGUUCAGCGCCUGCUCCCACGCCGGGAUCAGCAAUGUCGUCACCGACGCGAUGGAACGCUUUGACAGGCCAGUACACAUGGUCGUCGGCGGCCUGCACCUCGUCCCCGUGGAAGUGCAGCCCGUGGACGAGACGGUCGAUUUCCUCGUGCGCAGGGUGCAGCCGCGUCCGGACUGGGUCCUCCCCUUGCACUGCACGGGUAUGGCGCCGCGGGCAAAGCUGGUCAAUGCGUUUGGGGAGAAAUGCGUGCCUGCUGGAGUGGGUAUGAAGGUGGUUGUGGACGGAGAUGACGCCCGAGAGGCGGCACUGGACGAUGUGGAUGUCGGGGUGGUGGCCUAG